UGUCGUCAUUUCCGGUGUGUGUACGUGCAGCGGCCAUAUUACACUUCCGCGCUUCAAGGGUAUCUGAAGAUAUCAGGCUAGUCAACAUGUACCGCUUUGCUAAAGCUGCAGUGAGCGUUACUGGUCAGGCCAUGCGGCAGGUGAGGCAUGGAUCGUCUGCCCGCCAAGAGGACUUCCACGCUAAGUACGGUACUGGUUUGUUGCUAGGUGGAGCGGCCUUCUGCACAGUUGUGUGGGCAUAUGUAGUGACUCAGACUGGCAUUACCUGGAAUCUGUCACCAGUUGGUAGGGUCAUGCCCAAACCGUGGAGACAGGAUGAUGAGUAAAGAGCUUCCAUGACAGACCCCACCAUUGCAUCUAAUAAACCCUCUGGUUGUACGGAUCAGUGCAUAUCCAUGUGUUCAGACAGCGAAUGCCUGUGUUACUUUGUCCAAAUAAAUUAAGUGAUUCCACUGA